CAGAGUCACCGACAUGGCGCCGCCGUUGAAGAGAGUGGUAGAGGCUCUGAGUGAGCUCAUACAGCCCGGGGAAGCACGGACGGCACAGAUCAGUCAAGAGAAUGUGCUACUGCGGACACUGUGUCACAAUCUGUCGGUCCUCGACCAGAAGCUGCAGCAGGAUUCUAACUCGGCAACUUUACAGCAGCUGAGGGAACAGGUGAUAUCUCAGUUAACAUGGUCAGUGAGGUCAGAUGAUGCAGUCUGGAACUUUGUUACUGAGGUUCUAGUGCAGCUCUUGUGUUUAAAGCAGACAAUGAUUGAAUUGUUAGCGCAGUUCGUACCCCCAAAACCAAAUCCAAAGUCUCCAGAAUGUGCCCCUGCAUUACCUCCAGAUACUCUGAGCAUCUCACAACAGAAAACAGUCCAGACUGCGCUGCAGUUCGUCAUCAUUCUUGGGAUCUGUCCAUACCUUCUACCAGGAGUGGGAACUCCUCUUAGAUGCAGAUCAGAUUUUGCAGCAACUGUUGAGAAAUUGGUUUGUUACUUGGCACCUCCCAGAGGAAUGUGGAGGCUUCACAUUGUCACUAUGGCACUCCUUGACAUCGCUCACCACCCUUCCUUAGAGAGCCUGAUCCUCACCAGGCAUCUUGGAGAUUUGUUAGCCAGUCUCUGCCAGUUGGCAUAUUCACCAAAGAAAUAUCAUUCGAACCUGACGUCAGAGGAGUCUUCACGUCAAGAGGAUAGAGAGAAACAGAAGGGCCUUACGGAUGCUGAGCAGCACAGCUGCCAACAGGGUUUACAGAAACUGCUGGAUCGAGUGUAUCAACCAAUUGUUGUCAAGGAGUUGCUGAUCUUGCAGGGAGGAACAAAACAGAUGGCGCCUGCGUGUGUUGGAAAAACACAAAAAUUCUCACAAACCCCUUCAUGGCUGCGACACUGCUGUGGGCAGCUGCUGUCCGAGAGAUUGAUGAAGCCAAAUGGUGUGCAGGCAGUGGUCAGAGGAAUAGUAGAAGGAGCUGGAGCUGGAAUUGCUGGAGGUCAGAGUGCAGAAGCAGCAGCUGCUGAUUGGAGAAAGUGUGAUGGUGUUGCCAGGAUCCUGGCUUCCUGUCCUCAGCAAUGUCUGUCUGUUGAACAAUACUACAGGCAGGUAUGCCCUCAGGUUCUUGAACUGUUUCAUAUCAAGGACAAACUGACAGCUCGUCAAUUUCAGAGAGUGGCAACGAUGACUUUCCUCUCGAUGGUAAAGGAACAACCUGAACUUGCUGAUAAGUACCUCCUGAAGCCUCUACUUGCUCCUCUGAUCUGCUGCUUGGAUGUCAAAGAAGUGGUGGAGGAUUAUAGACAGGUGGGCACAGUGAUUGUGGAAGAGUCAGAGCUGACCUGUUGUGUGGACGAUAUAUAUAAGGUGUGUGUGAUUGGAAAUGACCCAAGUUCUAGGCUGUUGGAAUCUCUGAAGGCAGUAAUUCCAGCAAUCUUUAGUCUUUAUUGCUUCACAACACGUGGAGUUUCACAUUUGCGCUCUGGUUGCCAGGAGAUUCUUUUGUGGUUCCUACAAAAAUCUGAACCUCCAGUAGCUAUGUUGGUGUUGAAGCAACUUGCAGGCCUGGCACAAUCAAGUCCUGUCAUGCACCUAUUGUACCAUUUUACAGCAGGUAGUGAGGGAGGUGUGAAGCUCACUGUGAAGGAGACAGUAAGUGAUGAAGAUGAGACUUUGUACGAGAAAGUGUCCUCGGAGCAGUGGCGGAUUGAGUGCCUGGUACAGUUACUGAGCAAUCUUCAGGAGAACAACCUUACAGGAGAUUUCUUCAUUGAGUGUUUGAAGGUAUUUCUGGAAAAUCUGAAGCAUGAAGACUCAUUUGUUUAUUUGUCUGCAAUUCAAGGUUUGUCAGUUCUGGCAGAUGUGUAUCCAGCCCAAAUCCUGCCACAGUUACUGGACGAAUAUCGGAUGUCACCAGAAGGAGCUGAAAAAACAAGAUGUGUUGAGACCCGGAUGAAGAUGGGAGAGGUACUAAUGCGAAGUACAAAAGCAUUGGGUGAGAUAGCUUCACAUUAUCGUGACCCUUUGAUACGGGUGUUUUUGAUGGGGACGAAAGAUUCCGACAGUACAGUGCGGGCUAGUAGCUUAUCGAACCUGGGCGAGCUCUGUCAGUGUCUGCAAUUCGCUCUGGGAUCAGUGAUUCAUGAGGUGACUGAAUGUCUUACAGGCAUUGUGAAGACAGAACGGGAACCAGAGGUGCGUCGAGCUGCAGUUCAUGUUAUCACUCUUUUACUCCGUGGACUUAGUGAAAAGACGCUUCAGAUUCUGGAUGAAGUUCUACGAGAUCUCUAUCGACUGUUAAAGUAUGUGAUCCAGACUGAUGAAGAUGAAAUGGUGGUAGUGCAUGCACAGAUUGCACUAGAUGAACUGGACCAUAUCGUAAGGAGAUUUCUGUUCCCAGAAGAAAAACUGCAGAAAAAAAUAGUCAUCCUUCCAUAGCAGAAGGUGCCAGAACCCCUCUGCACUAAAAUCUAGGAUCAACCAAUUUGAAUAUUUUUCAAAUCCAUCUUUAAGACUAUGACGGAACUCCAAUAAUACCAUGCCCCAUUUAGUCUUGUGUUUUUUUUUUGUAAACGUAAUACAGCCCAACAGAUCUGUACGAAGCAUGAUAAGGUGCAGACAUGAUUAAAUUUGUCGACUUGUUGCACAUUCUCUCCAAAUUUCCCAGGAAGAUGAGUUUUCUUACGAUGACGGUAUGGCUGCCAGUUUUAGUUAAUGUUAAUGGCUGCCAGUACAGGAGAUUGCGUUUCUGUCGCCAUCUUUACUGAAUAGGGUACUGUUUGCUGGAUUAAUAGGGGGGGUUUGAUCUUUCAUAUCACUUCACAGUAACAGUGUACAAUUAAGCUCAACUGUGUGGUCUUUCCCCACUGAUUCUCCCAAGCCCAUUCUCUUUGCAUGUAGUUUGGCCAGACAGCAAGUAGGGACAGUGAAAAUCUCAUCAUCCAUCUAUGUGUAAUUGCUAAUGAGAUGAUGAAGCAUUUACCUAUGUACAAUGCACAUAAAAUGCACUUUCAAAUUUCAGUAUGACUCAUUCAUAAUGCCAAGUUGACAAGGUUUAAAAAGUUGCAGUCAGUGAGGAGUGGGAUGGGCAAUGGGAUGUAGAGAAAGAGGAAGCAAACACGAACAAAUAUGGCAUACAAAAUUUUGGAGCUUGAAGAUCACAAAAAGGUCAACAGCACAGAUGACUGAUUAACACUGUUUAUUAUAUAUCCUACCAUCAUUUGGUGCAAUGCAAUUAUUGUUUAUUAACUAAAAUUAAGAUAAAUUAGGGAGUAAAGCAGGAUCUAUGGAGAGGGAAACAAUUUACACAGAGCUUCCCAAAAAAGCCACAAUCCCCAAUUUUACUCCAACAGCUGCUAUAGUCCACUGAAUGUAACAUCUCUGAGGUUCCUUUAAAUUCUCCCUUUUUUAAUGAUGGGACAUGACUUGAUUGACUGAUCCUUGAGGUCCAAUUCCUGCUCCCAAAAAGCUUAGUGGAAGACUUCCUUUUAAAAAUAUUCCUGUAGAUUAAAAGGCCUGAUCUCACAGAGGGGUUAUGGCAAUUUUUAAACUUUGAGAUGGAGUCACAUUGCGUAAAAGUUUUGGAAGCACUGGCUUAACAUUUCAAGUCAGUGACCUUCCUUCAGAAGUUUCUGAUGAAAGAUCAUUGUCUUAACAUAAUAAUUCCGUUUCUGUCUUAUCUAAUGCUGCGUGACCCGCUAAGCAUUUUUCAGCAUUUUCUACUUUUAUUUCAGAUUUCUAGUAUUUUGCUUUUCUGAGGUAACUAGAUGUACCAGGGUCUACGUCUCAGUUCACUCCACUCUGAAUUUAUUGUCCAUACAGAAAUUAAUUUUAGGCAUGUUAGUUGUUUGUUCAACAAUAAAUAAAUAGAUAACAAGAGGGUAAAAAAGUUACUCUUCUCACAAAAAUUUAACUUUAAUUAAAAUAUAUGUUAAAUUGGAGUGUAAUUAAAAUAUAUGUUAAAUUAAAGUGUAAUUGGAAUCAUCA